CUGUCUCCCCCCCCCCUCUCAACAGGGGGUAUAAAUGAGCAUGCGUGCAUUUUGAAUCAUCACAUCACCUUCCACGAUUGAAUCAAUCGCAUCGUUGAAUUUGUUACAAAAACACUCUCAAUCAAACAACAAUGGCUAAUUUCAAAAUUGCUUUCCUUCUCUUCGCUUUGAUGUUUGUGGCUGUCACUAUGGCCAAGAAAUCCCGCGGCUAUGGCUACGGAGGAUACGGUGGCUACGGACACGGUUACGGAAGCUAUGGUGGCUAUGGACACGGUUACGGGAGCUAUGGUGGCUAUGGACACGGUUACGGGAGCUACGGUGGCUACGGACACAGCCACGGAAACAGCUACGGAAGCUACGGACACUCUGGCAACCACUACGGCAGCUCCUACUAAAAACACCUGUAAUCUGUGUGGCUCUCGCAAUGAAAUAAUGUAAUAUCUUUAUCUUACGUGUGGUAAACUGAUGUACUUUACUUCAUUCGUGGCCAGAAUAUUCUAAUAAUUUAAUAAAAAACUUAAAAUCAA